AUGAUCAUCGUGGACAACGCUGGAUCAUUUCUGCCGGCAAUGAACCACUCCCCUUGGGAAGGUGUAACCAUAGCUGAUUUCGUCAUGCCUUUUUUCAUUUUCAUUGUUGGGGUCGCUCUAGCUCUGGCGUACAAGAGAGUGCCGGACAAAUUGGAUGCGACUCGAAAGGCAACACUUCGUGCACUGAAGCUGUUCUGUGUUGGUCUUGUUCUACAAGGUGGAUUUUUUCAUGGAGUUCGUAGCCUUACUUUUGGGGUUGAUAUUGCACAAAUACAUUUGAUGGGUAUACUGCAGAGAAUCGCAAUAGCUUAUCUUGUCACAACACUGUGUCAGAUUUGGCUCAAGGGAGAAGAUGAUGUAGAUUCUGGACUUGAUUUGAUCAAGAGAUACAGAUAUCAAUUGUUUGCAGGCUUGCUCAUCACAAUCACCUACAUGGCCCUCUUGUAUGGUACCUACGUUCCCAACUGGGAGUAUCGGAUAUCAGGUCCUGGUUCCACAGAGAAAACGUUCAAUGUCAAAUGCAGUGUACGAGGUGACUCUGGGCGAGGCUGCAAUGCAGUUGGCAUGAUUGACCGCAAAAUCUUAGGCAUCCAGCAUCUCUACGGUGGACCGAUUUAUGCACGAUCCCAGGAAUGGAACAUUGAUUCACCACAAAAUGGGCCACUCCCUCCUGAUGCCCCCUCAUGGUGUCAGGCCCCAUUUGAUCCUGAAGGGCUACUCAGUUCAGAAAAACAUGAUACCUUCAAAAUGGUUGGCAGCGGUUGCCCGUCUCACGUGUUCACCAACGAGCCGACGGGAUUUUUGCGACUUCUUUCCGUCAUUGCCAAGAUCGCGAUUGGACCGACGACUCGCACCGAGUACACGUUUUACCACCACAAGAUCAGUGACUCCCUGACUAUGCAUAAGGCGUCGGUGCAUUUUAUUGGUGGGCGACCGGAGGCCCGUCGUCUUCGUUUCGUUGGCAGAGCCAUGCCUACGGAGAGGCAGGCUAUUAAGAUGGCAGCCAGAGAGGUGAUUGCCCGUCUUCGGGACACCCUCCCAGUGAUGAAGACUCGUCCUUAUCACUACCUGCCAUGCCACGUGUCGUACACCAGUCACUAUGCUUUUGCGUGCCCAGAGGAGAGGAAGACGAUGCUAUUGGGGUGCUCGUGCAAUACCUCAUAG